GCUGUGCUGUCAGACGAGAAAACGGAUCGUUGCACUUUAUCAAAGAAACGCUGAAAUCCGUAAAAUAAUUAAGUUUUCUAUGGAUCUAAAGUAAUUAAAUAAUCAGUACUUAUUAAUUUUAAUCAUGUUCUGGAGCGGGAACUAUAUAGCUGUGAGGGAGCUAAAUUCCUUGCUCAAAGAAGAGAACGUGACGCUCGCUCAGGUGCUGGAGGCAGAUGAUGUGCUGCAGGAGUGCAAAGCGGAUAACAAAGCACUCAUACAGUUCCUCACACGUCCAGACAUCCUAGCGGAGCUCGUAACACUCAUCACAGAGGAGCCCCCCAAGACUGUAGAGCUCAGCCUCCAGUACCGGCACGCCACCAUAGCCUGCGAGGUCCUCACGUCCCAGCUCCCCACGCUCUCGGACCGGCUGUCCAUGGACACGGUGCAGAUGCACAGGCUCUGUGACUUCAUCAACAGGGAGCCUCCGCUGAACCCGCUACUGGCAUCAUACUUUAGUAAAACUAUUGAGAUGCUGCUUGACAGAAGUCCUAAACAGGACUGGUACUUAUACCACAUCGUGUGCCUCCGCGUCCUGGACUUCCUUAAGGCGAGGCGCGACUUUCUGCCCAACCUGCUGCGACAUCUGCACACCUCCGCCGUGUUGGACGCGCUCAAGUGCUUCAUACGGCUUAAUGAUCUCUUCAAUAAGCUCAUUAUGGAGUGGCUAGAAGAGCACCAGUUCCUGGAAGCCCUGAUCGCGAUCAUCUGCGGCACGCACGAGCCGCCGCCCCUAGCGCCGCGCGCGCCGCCCUGCGACCUAGAAAAGGGACAACAGGAGGAAAGCGAGAAAGCUGAGAAGGAGGCCGUUGAAAAAGGAGGCCUGGACGCGCAGGAUAAAGAAGUACGACAAGACCCACCAGCAUCUGAGCAGGCGACGGGCGACAACGCACAGGCUGAAGCGGCGGCGGAGGCGAGAGCGGAGCGGGCGGCGGAGCGGAUCCGCGCCAUCGCCGCCGCCAACGCGGCCGCUCUGCUUACUGACAUCAUCCUUAAUGGCUGUGUGGCUGAUUAUAGCCAGGUGUCGCCUGCUGGGAAUGUAAGGGGCGACAAAGCACAGGCUGAAGCGGAGGCGGAGGCGAAAGCGGAGCGGAUCCGCGCCAUCGCCGCCGCUAACGCGGCCGCUCUGCUCACUGACAUCAUCCUUAAUGGCUGUGCGGCUGAUUAUAGCCAGGUGUCGCCUGCUGGGAAUGUAAGGUCCCGCACGGCGCACGCGCUGGUGGCGCGCGCGACGUCCGCGCGCGGCGUGGGCGCGCUGCUACAGGGCAUGUUCACCAGCCCCGCGCCCGCGCGCCGCCACGCGCUCGUGCACGGCGCGCGCCUGCUGCUCGCCAUGCGGGAGGAGCAGGACUACAACACUGAACAGGGUGGGUCAGGAGGGGCCAGCACUCGGAACGGCGUGGAGUUGGCAGUGGCGCCGCAUUUGCCGCUUUUACACACGGCGCUUCUGCAGCCGCCCGAACCUUACAUGCAUGAGCCAUCAUCAUGGGAAGCGCCGACUGACGGCGGCGGGGGCGCCACUGUCGCAGCCGCGGGCGACGGCGCCGUCACCACCGAGGUGCCCGCGCCCGAGCGAGGCGACCCGCCGCCCGCCGAGGCAAAUGACCGCCCUGCCGAGGCAUCUGAGGGAUCUCCCGAGGCAAUGGCGGAGGCUAAGGAAACGUCAGAAGUACCGACGGAGGCGCCUAAACCGCCUCCCGCGCCGCGAGUGCCGGUCGGCGCGGCUCGUCUACAGGUUGCAGCAUUGCUAGCGGCGUUAUGUGGCUCGGAGGUGGAUGAAGUGGCUUCAACUAUGCUUACACUAGGUACUCCGGGCGUCCUCAUCGACAUGUUGUUCGCGCACCCGCACAACAACUUCCUCCACGCGCAGGUGCUGGUCAUGGUCCGGAACGCGCUGUCUAACCGCGCCUACAGGACGCAGUACGCCCGGCACAUAUUGGAGGAGUGCGACUUAUUCAACAGACUAAUGGACGUUUAUGAAGAAAAUGAAACGAAUAGGGGCACGGCUCGCAGCCCCCGCGCCGGCUACAUGGGCCACGUGGUGCUGCUGCUCCGCACGGUGGCCCCCACGCUAGAGGAGCGGACUCCGGCCGCGGAGCGGUGGGCCGCGUCCUCCAUAGAAUCGCUUAUUAAACAACUUGAUACGCCACUGGGCGGUUACUACCCGUCUGAAAACACGUAUGAAGUUGAGCCGGAAGGCAUGGUCGAGGUCGAGACUCGUCUAUACAAUCUGUCAAAUGUGAGUAAUACAAAUUAUAGCGACUUCGCCACCGAUGAAAAUUUGAGUGAGGUUGCGUCGUCGGCCAACAUGAAUAAGUUUUUGGAGCUGUCUAACCAACGGUUGGGCGACCAAUCAGAUAUGUGGGACGACGCGCCCGAGGGUGAAGCGGGGGAGGAAAGAGACAGGGAUAGGCAAGACGACGGGGGGGAAAAGGACAACGACGACGGCGAAGCGAGAGCCACCGUGCACGACGUUCUUGCACCUGUUAGCCCAUGGGAAAGCUCUUUCGAAGAAUCCAACAUGGCGGGCGAAAGCUGGGCCCAGUUCUCGUCGGACGCGUUCGGCGCCCCGAUCGACCCGUUCGCCAACACCGACGCGUUCGCCAAAUCCGACGCGUUCGCCAACGACGCCUUCGCCAAGUCUGACGCGUUCGCCAAAGACGCCUUCGCCAAGUCUGACGCGUUCGCCAAUGACGCCUUCGCCAAGUCUGACGCGUUCGCUAAUGACGCGUUUGCGAGUGAUGCGUUUAAGAAGGAUUUCGAUGGCGCGGCGUUUAAGGAGAACUCGUUUGGCGAAGGAGGCAGUGAGGAGUUUACGCCUUUCUGGGGCUAUCAGGAUAAGGGGGAUGCUGUGAACGGAACGAGCGGCGUAGAGCAAUCCCUCCACGGCCUGCGGCUUGAUGCUAUGGAUAAACCACUAGAUGAACUAAGCAGCUCUCUGGCCGACAACCUCCGUACUGCUAUGAGCUCUAUGACGCCCGAGGUAAUAGCCAACAUCGUGAACGCAAACAUGACGCCCGCGCUCGACGUUCCGCUCGACGUGCCCAACGCGUCCAACCCCACAGAGACGUCCAACGCGUCCAACCCCACAGAGACGUCCAACGCGUCCAACCCCACAGAGACCGAACCAUCCAACACACCAAGUGAUAGUGAAAAAGUCAGUGAUAAUGAUUCUAAAGAUCAAAAUCAGGUUCAAGACCCCUCCGAGAGCUGAUCCUCUCGUGGCGGGUAGUUUGCAGUGGCGGAGCGUCCGUAACUCGACUCCCGCCGUGAAGGGAGUUGAGCAC